CCCACUUGUGCCACUCAUCAUGCGCGCGCUUCUGGGCGAAGACCUGCGGACCUAUGUCGACGUCAUAGCGAUCGUCCGGCAACUGCAAGCGCCGACGUCCGAGUUCACGACACUGCCGUCGCGCUUCGUGGUACCGGCCGAGACGCCAUGGCCGCCGGCGCUGCAUAGGCGCGUCCUGGACGUCGCCAAGCUCCGCAAGCACUACGCCGCCAAGCUCCUGCCUCGCAGCGUCGUCGACGAAUUAGACUUGCUUGGAUUUGUAUGGGACCCCAAGGAGCACAGCUGGGUCCUUCGGCUCUGUGCGCUGCGCACGUACAAGGACCUCUAUGGUCAUGUGGCGGUGCCGUAUGAAUUUGUCGUGCCAGAGACCUCGGACGUCUGGCCGCUCGACGUCCGCGGCACCAAGCUUGGCGUCGCCGUCACGAACCUACGAUCGCGCGCCGCGUCGCUCUCGCCCUCUCGGAAGCAAACGCUCGACGAUCUCGGCUUUGUCUGGGACAGUCAGGAGCUCGUGUUCCAGAUUAAGCUGCAGGCGCUGGCAGCGUUCGCGUCGCUCUUCCACCACGUUGCCGUGCCGUUCGAGUUCAAGGUGCCAGAAGCCUCGCCGCUCUGGCCGCCGCCCUGCUGGGGCCUCAAGCUUGGCCGAGCGGUGCAUGAUCUACGCUGCCGCGCGGGGAGUCUCACGCUACACCGCCGGCGCCAGCUCGACGCGCUGGGGUUUGUCUGGGACAGCCACGAGUCGAGUUGGGAUAUGAAAGUGCGUGCGAUGGAGCUCUACAAGGAGCUGCACGGCAACCUCCUCGUGCCCCAAGACUUUGUCGUUCCGCCGACGCUGCCGUGGCCGCGACCCAUGUGGGGACUCAAACUCGGCCAAGCGAUCACCAACAUUCGGUUUCGAACCACGACGAUCGACCGCCGCGCGCAGCUGGAAGAGCUAGGGUUUGUGUGGGACUACCCCGAGCUCCGAGGCGAAGCAAAGCUGCUUCUCGCCUUGACAAAGCCGACACCAGCUUCGUCGCUCAUCACCAGCUGCGCUCCGAUGCGAAGAAAGCAGCGAAUGGACGCGUGGCACGCGACCGAAGUCGAGUCCUAAUUUGGUGUCUCAACUGAAUGUGCCACCUUGUAGC